GGGGGUUCCGUAUAGGACUUUGACGGCAAUGGCGUCGUCUUUGUGUCUGCGCUUUAUUAACCCCACCAUUAUCACUCCCCUCUCACACUCUCGAGCUCUCUCUUCUCCUAGACGACGACUUUCUCUUCUCGUGAAUCGCCGAUCCUUCUCUAUCUCUGCAACCAUGGCUUCAUCUGCGAAGAAGGUUUUGGUGCCUAUUGCGAACGGUACGGAGCCGUUGGAGGCGGUGGUGAUGAUCGAUGUGCUACGGGGGCGGGGGGGCACUCAAGUGACGGUGGCAUCCGUCGAGAAGCAGCUUCAGGUUGACGCGUGUCAUGGUGUGAAGAUCGUUGCCGAUUCUCUCCUUUCCGAUUGCAGCGACGCAGUCUUCGACCUUAUUACGCUCCCUGGAGGGCUUCCAGGCGGUGAGACUCUGAAAAACUGUGGAGUUUUGGAGAAUAUGGUGAAGAAGCAAGAUGCUGAGGGACGGCUUAAUGGUGCUAUCUGUUGUGCUCCUGCUUUGGCUCUCGGUUCUUGGGGUCUCCUAAAGGGAAGAAAAGCAACAUGUUACCCAGUUUUUAUGGAGCAACUAGCAUCUUGUGCAACUGCUGUGGAGUCAAGAGUGCAAAUAGAUGGUAAGAUAUUGACCAGUCGAGGGCCAGGAACCACCAUGGAAUUCUCUGUCUCACUUGUGGAGCAACUGUAUGGCAAAGAGAAAGCCAAUGAAGUUGCCGGGCCCUUGUUGCUGCGCCCCAACCCUGGUGGGGAGUAUACUAUCACUGAGCUUAACCAAACUAGAUGGACCUUUGAUGGUACCCCACAGAUUCUUGUGCCCAUUGCUGAUGGCUCGGAAGAAAUGGAAGCUGUUGCCAUAGUAGAUCUUCUGAGGCGGGCAAAAGCAAAGGUAGUCAUGGCUGCAGUAGGGGACAGUCUUGAAGUUGUAGCAUCUCGGAAAGUUAAGCUAGUGGCCGACGUGCUUCUAGACGAUGCUGAAAGGCUUACUUAUGACCUGAUCGUGUUACCUGGUGGUCUUGGUGGUGCUCAAGCAUUCGCAAGUUGUGAGAAACUGGUGAAUAUGUUGAAGAAACAAGCAGAAUCAAACAAACCCUAUGGAGCUAUCUGUGCCUCGCCUGCUCUGGUCUUGGAGCCUCAUGGAUUACUCAAGGGUAAGAAGGCGACAGCAUUUCCCGCAAUGUGCGAGAAACUGUCGGACAAGAGCCAUAUCGAGCACAGAGUGGUGGUGGAUGGUAACCUUGUGACAAGUAGGGGACCUGGAACUUCGAUGGAGUUUGCACUCGCGAUCAUUGAGAAGUUCUUCGGGCGCGAGAAAGGGCUCGAGAUCGCGAAGGCCACGCUUCUGUAGAACCAUCACACGGUUUCCUCCAUAUAUAACGAAAGGCGAGUUUUCAAGGUGAGCGACUUGGAAAGAAUAAGAUUGUAGUGUUUGGAUCGGUGGAGAUGUGGUGAGGAUGUGUAUGUAUUGCCGUUGAUGAAAAUAAAAUAAAAGUUUGUGUUAGUAAGAAAAAACCAAAGCUGAGUUUCAGUAUGUAAAACCGACGAGGUUCAUGUUUUGGUUUUAAUGUAUGGAUUAGAGACUAUAUCUGACAAUAUAUAUGUAUGUAUAUAUGAUUGUCCCCUUUUAUUUUUAUA